AUGCAUCCUCACAGUUCCAAUGGCACAACAGUCUCCAUUCCCACUAACAGGUAUGAAGCAUCAGAUAAGAAUGGGGUUACGCAUACAGUGAUACCCUAUGUUAUUGACAACACUAUAAAUAGCAUCACAAUUUCUUCUGAUAAAAAAUUUCAGACCUUGCUUCCAGCUGUGAAUAGUUCAAUUACCAUUGAGCACGAACUAAAGACAAAAUUGAACUAUUUCGCAUUUAAUUUUUCUUCUGUGAAUGCAGUACAACAUGCUAGGAGGCCUAACAUAGUGUUAACACAUUCAGAUACCACAAGUUGGUCUUUGAAACAAGAAAGGUCUAGGGACAAAAAUUGUACCAUGGGUUAUUUAUUGCCUCCUACUCCAAUGGCCACACCAACUAUUUCUCCCUCAGUGACACCCGUCUCGACACCUGCACCAGCAUCUCCAAUAUCAUCGUUCCAAUUAUUGAGUCCUUCUCCUUCUCCUUCUACUCAAAUGAAGACAAUUAGUACUAAUAUAAAUAACAAAACGUGGCAGGAGAAGAUCACAACAAAUAAACAACCAAUUGUCAUAAGGAUCAAAAAGCAUAAGAAAGUUACAAAAAAGAAACAACCAACUCGUAGAAGUCACAUUUGUAAGACUUGUUCUAUGGGCUUUACUACUUCAGGUCAUCUUUCAAGACAUAACCGAAUUCACACCGGUGAAAAAAACCACAGUUGUCCAUAUAAAGGUUGCAACCAGAAGUUCAGUAGGCACGAUAAUUGUUUGCAGCAUUAUAGAACCCAUUUGAAGAAGAAGAAAUAA